AUGUCCGUUCCCAACCACAAAGAGCCAUGGCUUCGGGGGGCAGAGGAAUUCAGGGGCCAGAGACUGCUCCCCCAUGUCAUCGACUAUCAUGCCCAUGAAGGUCCCAGUCGCGUAUUUAACUCUAUGCCAAGAACGCAAAAUGUUGCGGAUGGCUUUCGAGAUGUCGACAUGAAGACAAUGGCUACCGCGGUCGAUUUCAUGGCUUGGUGGUUAGAUAGUCAUUCCAAGGAUGUCCCUAAAGAGAAGAAAGUUCUAGCAUAUGUCGGAGUAGCAGAUAUCCGAUAUCCUGUUCUUUUUUUUGCAGCAAUCAAAGCUGGAUGGAUGAAGCUGGCUGGUACAAUGGCAUUCAUGGUCAUCCCAACUUUCUCCACGGCCGCUACUGCCGUUUGGGGUCCCUCGACUAUGCCACCCAGCGGUCAGUUAGUGAGCUCUAUUAUGAAUCAGACGACAGUUCGAGCCCUUUAUAUCCCUCCAUCUACUGUCGAGCAAUGGUGGACAUGUGACCCAGAUGCGCGGAAGAAGGCGGAGGGUCUCGACUUUGUGCUUUUUGGUGGCGGACCUCUAGCUCCAAAUGUCGGGCAGAAGCUCAGCGAAUUGACUGACCUUUGUCAAAUGUACGGCUCUAUUGAGAGCGGCCAGAUCCAGAUGCUGGUUCCCCAGCCCGGAGAAUGGCAGUACCUUGAGCCGAAUCCUGCCGAAGAGUGUGAUAUGCAGGAGGUAGAGAAGGACUCCGGUCUUUAUGAGCUGGUGCUGCAUCAGGAUGAUAAAUUCAGUGGGCGGCGCACUCUUUCACAUACCUUCCCGGAUGCGAAGGAAUGGCGCACCAAGGAUCUAUUUACUCCUCAUCCUACAAAGCCAGGCCUGUGGCAGUUCCACUCUCGCACUGACGAUCUCAUCGCGCUAGGGACUAGUGCUAAGGUGUUUCCUGUUCCCAUGGAGACGGCUCUACAAGGAGAUCCUAACAUCGCUGGUGCGCUAGUCGUGGGAAAUGCCCGCCCAGCGGUUGUCCUUAUAACCGAACCAGCGCAGUCUAUGAGCGAUAUCAGCAAAGAGGAAUUUAUUGACAAGAUAUGGCCCUCAGUUGUAGAAGCCAAUGCCGCUACACCCACCCACGGCAAGAUCUCGCGAUCCCGUAUCCUCCUCACGGAUCCUGCUGUUGGUUUUGCAAGAACCCCCAAAGGCACUAUUGCACGCAAGAAGUCCGAGGCUCUUUACACGGCGGCUAUUGAUUCGGUGUUCCGAGACGGCAUGGUCAGCGAUAAUAGCUCGACUAGUGCCUUUUGA